AUCACGGGCGACAUCGAAUGCUCGUUCACCGAGGUCGUCCGGGAAAACGACUACGUGAACCGCCGAGGACUCACGACGACCACGCACGACUCGUUCACGCUCGUCAACUCCGAUUUUUACACGGUCGCCUGCACGGCCAAGGACGGCAAAACCUGGAGCAACACCGUAGCCGGCAUCAGGCGGGACGAGGACGUGAGGGCGUCGACCGGCUGGGAUAAGGUCCCCGCCGACGGCCUGAGGGUCAACUACCUCAUGAUCGGCUUCGACUCCCUCUCCCGGAACACCUUCAUCCGGACGCUGCCCAAGUCGUACGCUUUCCUUUCGGACGUCCUCGGCGCCCAGGUGCUGGAGGGGUACAACAUCGUCGGCGACGGGACCCCGCAACAGCUGAUUCCCAUCCUGACGGGCAAGACCGAACUGGAGCUACCCGAGACCCGCCGCCGGAUGGGGAAGCAGGCGCAGUACGUAAACUCUUACCCGUUCGUGUGGGACGACUUCAAGAAGAACGGUUACGUCACAAUGUUCGCGGAGGACCAGCCGCACAUCGGCACCUUCACGUACCGCCUGCGGGGGUUCGACGCCCCCCCCACCCACCACUACAUGCGGCCCUUCUUCGUCAGCGUCUACCCCGAGUACAAGGACCACCCCAAGCUCUGCCUCAGGAACACCCCGCGGCACAAGGUGUUCUUCAGGUACAUCGAGGACUUCAUGGCCGAGUACAGGAGCGAGCCCAAGUUCGCCUUCGCCUUCCACUCCGAGCUGUCCCACGACGACUUCAACCUCGUGUCCGUCGCCGACAACGACCUGCUGGCGCUGCUGACGAGCCUCCGCGACCAGGGCCACCUCAACGACACCAUCCUCGUCCUCAUGAGCGACCACGGACAUAGGUUCACCACCAUCCGCAGCACACAGCAGGGCAAGCAGGAGGAGCGGCUUCCCUUCAUGGCGCUGGUGCUUCCCCAGAGUGUGAAGGACAGUUAUCCCUCGGCCGUGGGUAAUGUCAGGGUCAACGUCCACCGCCUGACCACGCCUUUGACCUCCACCCUACCAUGCAGGACAUCCUCCACUUUCUCCGGCGCUCGCCUGGGUCAGCUCACGGAGAGGGGAUAUCCUCUUUAUGAGGGGACACAAACACCCUUCCCCUCCGCCCUCCCGCAGGUGCCAUCCUCCCGCACCUGCGCCGACGCCUUCGUGGAGCCCCACUGGUGCGCCUGCCUCAACUGGGAGCCCGUGGACGUGGCCAACGAGCGAGUCCAACGGGCGGCGGUGGCUCUCGUGCACUACAUCAACACGUACUUGGCACCACAUCGCUCGCUGUGCCACGAGCUGAGCCUCGAGAAGAUCACGUGGGCAGGCACGCUGCUGCCCAGUAAAGGUCUUCUCUCCUACAAGCGCAACGCCGACGUCGACGGCUUCGUGCCCGACCUGAGUGACUCGACGGCCGUGAGCGAGAUCGGGUAUCAGGUCCACAUCGAGACGAGCCCGGGCCAGGCGCACUUCGAGGCAUCUCUGACUUAUAGUAUCAGGCUCGACACCUUUUCCGUCAAGAUAGACGACGUGAGCCGCACAAACAAGUACGGAAACAGCCCUCACUGUAUUUACACGACGCAGGACCACCUCCGGAAGUUCUGCCACUGCCGAGAACCCCCGCCCCCCCCUCCUGAAGACAAGUCCUGAAGCCGGCGAGGUCCUCCCUUCCUCAUAUCUCCUUCGAAUACUGUGCUUUUUUUUUCUUCUCUUUACAUAUACACAUGCAUUCAAAUUCAAUUAUUUUCUAUAUUCUUGUAUACAUCAAUAGAAACGAGUGUGUGUAGAAAUGAUUUAUUCAGCAGCUUGGAUGUAUUUAAUAUGAAAGUGUUCUUCUAGUCCGCUAAGCUAACCGGGAAUAUGACGAAAUAAAAAAAAAAAAAAAUGCUGCCUUUGUGCCGUGACCUUGAGAUGUACCCGAGGGCGUGUCGGCAUGUGGGCGCCCUUGCGAUUUCCGUUGUCUCGAGAGCUGCUUCUAGGUGAUACUUGUUUUAUACUCUGAAUGUAUAUUUCAUAUAAGUAAAGAAGUGACACAGA